AUGUCAGAGCCAGACAACAAACCUGGCUCUGAAUCCAACAUUCAUCGAAUUCAAGAGCGAUGGGAAUGUCUGAAUGAGAUGUUCCAAAACACCGAUCCCGAGCCUGCAGCGUCUGUCGGCUCUGCCGACGACCUGGAGGCGGAAAUCCGCCAAGCGCAAGCGCAAUUGUCCAGACUGAAGAAGCAGCGAGAGCUCAUUGACAUCAAACAAAAGGUUGCAGAGGAGGAGAGGGAAUUGGAACUGGCCCGCACUCGUCUUCUGGCCGCGACCACCCUGGAAGUGCCCCCGGCCACCCCUGCUUCAACUCCAUCCAGAGCCGAACCGAAGCAGAACAACAAGGCUGGUACUGAUGGAGCCCAAAAGAAGGUUGUUGCUGCCCGAUCGGAGCAGAUUACCGCUCCAGCUCCUGUGACUCAAGCUGCUGAUCGUCAUCCAUCUGAGGCUAAGCCGUCCGAACCGAAGCCUUCGCCGAAACCCGCAAACGUGUCUGGUUUGAACCUCGAGCAAUUGCGAGCCCUCGCAGCAGCUACCAGGUCCCCCGCCGCACAAACAACUGUUAAGACUGAAUCUCGUUCCAGUCUGCAACCUUCCGCCCGAUCCUUUCAUCCCGAAUCAUCCAUCCAAGCCCCACCGGUGCCCAAUGUGCCGGUAUACAACGGACGAGCUUUGGGAGAGUUCAAGAACUUCUCCAUGGGUCUAGAGCGACACUUUGAUAAAUAUCCGGAGUGGUACAAGGUCGAUGAGCGCAAGGUCACACGGGCGCUUAAGCACGUUGCCCUUAAUAUCGAGGAUGAGUGGAAGCGUCACUCUACCCCCGAUGUCGCUAGGUCGCGCUAUAUGGAUAGCUAUCAGCGACCAGCGCAGUCGGUGACUGAUUUCUCCAACUGGAUGCAGCAGUGGGUUCCACAUUUCCCGAAUAACGACUCGGAGCGCGACCGCAUGCGCCAUCUCUUUGAGCAUCUGAUGAACAGGGUUCGCAACGAGGCUGAUAAGACUCACCUGGACUUCGAUAACUAUUACGAGUUUGUCGAAUACCUCCAGCGGGUCGAGGAUUCCAUUGGCAGCCGCGCAGAGUCUCUUGGUCGCCGGGCUAUCAACCCUCGAAAGCGACCUCGCAGCCACGACUAA